CACACACAUACACACACACACUCUCUCUCUCUCUCUCUCUCCUCUUUCUCUCUCUUCGGACGCGGCGGCAGCAAUGGCGUUCGCCUCUUCCAUAUCUCCAUCUUAUUCAUUACCCAAUCUCUCUUCCAAACCCAAGAAAAUUUUAACCACGCACAACAAGAUCCACCCCCUUUCUCUCCUUCAACGCCCUUCUAUUUUCAGAAUAGGUUGCAGUUCUCCCUUGCAAGGAAGGGAUUCCCUAAAUUUUAAUCUAUCUGCUUCAGUUACCACUGCAGAUUUUUUGCUGGAUGAAUCAGUGGGAGAAGCUCAACUUCCGAAGGGCGACACAUGGUCCAUUCAUAAAUUUGGUGGCACCUGUGUUGGAACUUCUGAAAGAAUACAAAAUGUUGCAAACAUUGUUGUUAAGGACGAGUCAGAAAGAAAGUUGGUUGUAGUGUCUGCAAUGUCGAAGGUGACAGAUAUGAUGUAUGAUCUCAUAAACAAGGCACAAGCCCGAGACGAUUCUUACGUAGUUGCACUGGAUGCUGUUUUAGAGAAGCACAAGUCAACAGCAAUUGAUCUUCUUGAGGGAGAUGAUCUGACUAUAUUCUUAGCUCGAUUGAGUCAGGACAUUAGUAACCUUAAGGCAAUGUUACGCGCAAUAUCUAUUGCUGGUCAUGCAACGGAAUCUUUUUCCGACUUUGUGGUUGGACAUGGCGAAUUAUGGUCUGCUGAAUUGCUCUCUGCUGUUAUUAGAAAGAGUGGGUUAGCAUGUGCUUGCAUGGACACCAGAGAAGUCCUUGUCGUAAAUCCUACAAGUUCUAAUCAAGUCGAUCCAGAUUAUUUGGAGUCAGGCAUAAGACUUGAGAAGUGGUACUCGAAUAAUUCAUCGGACAUAAUCGUUGCAACUGGAUUCAUUGCCACUACGCCACAGAAUAUUCCCACAACUUUGAAGAGAGAUGGGAGUGACUUUUCUGCUGCAAUUAUGGGUGCUUUAUUCAGAGCACGUCAAGUCACUAUUUGGACUGAUGUCGAUGGUGUGUAUAGUGCUGACCCUAGAAAAGUUAGCGAGGCUGUGAUAUUGAAGAAAUUGUCGUAUCAGGAGGCAUGGGAAAUGUCAUACUUUGGGGCAAAUGUGUUGCAUCCUCGAACAAUUAUUCCAGUCAUGAAAUAUGACAUCCCAAUUGUUAUAAGAAAUAUUUUCAACCUCUCUGCUCCUGGAACAAAGAUCUGCAGACCCGAUGGUUCUGAAAAUGAAGAUGGCCAGCGAUUGGAUUCUCCAGUUAAAGGAUUUGCAACGAUUGAUAAUUUGGCCCUUGUUAAUGUUGAAGGAACUGGAAUGGCAGGUGUUCCUGGUACUGCUAGCGCCAUUUUUGCUGCUGUUAAGGAUGUUGGAGCGAAUGUAAUUAUGAUAUCACAGGCUAGUAGUGAGCAUUCCGUAUGUUUUGCUGUACCUGAAAAGGAAGUAAAAGCUGUGGCUGCAGCUUUAGAAGUUAGAUUCCGCCAGGCCUUGGAUGCUGGUCGUCUUUCUCAGAUUGCAGUUAUUCCCAACUGUAGCAUUUUGGCGGCGGUUGGGCAGAAAAUGGCAAGUACCCCUGGAGUUAGUGCCACGCUUUUCAAUGCUCUAGCCAAGGCUAAUAUCAAUAUUCGUGCUAUAGCUCAAGGCUGCUCCGAAUAUAAUGUCACUGUAGUUCUCAAACGAGAGGAUUGCAUAAAGGCAUUACGAGCUGUGCACUCUAGAUUUUAUCUAUCGAGAACAACAAUAGCAAUGGGUAUUAUUGGUCCCGGAUUGAUUGGCCGUACAUUGCUGGAUCAGCUCAGCGAACAGGCAGCAGCCCUCAAGGAAAAGUUCAACAUUGAUCUCCGUGUGAUGGGAAUUACGGGAUCAAGUACAAUGGUCCUGAGUCACAUGGGAAUUGAUUUAUCGAUAUGGAGAGAUCUCCAAAAAGAGCAAGGCGAAAAGGCGGACAUGCAGAAGUUUGUUCAACAUGUGCACGGGAAUCAUUUCAUACCAAAUACGGUGAUAGUAGAUUGCACUGCAGACUCUUUUGUUGCAAGCCACUACUAUGAUUGGUUGCGUCGAGGGAUCCAUGUCAUCACUCCAAAUAAGAAAGCCAAUUCAGGACCACUUGAGCAGUAUUUGAAGUUGAGGACUCUUCAGCGACAGUCGUAUACACAUUACUUCUACGAAGCAACUGUUGGAGCAGGUUUACCUAUCAUUAGCACCUUGCAAGGUCUCCUAGAAACUGGGGAUAAAAUAAUGCGAAUCGAAGGCAUUUUUAGUGGGACAUUGAGUUAUAUAUUCAACAACUUUGUGGGAGAACGGACAUUUAGUGAUGUGGUUAAGGAGGCAAAAGAUGCAGGUUACACUGAACCAGAUCCAAGAGAUGAUUUGUCUGGAUCCGAUGUGGCUAGAAAGGUGAUAAUCCUUGCUAGAGAGUGUGGAUUGAAGCUAGAAUUGUCAGAUAUCCCUGUUAAGAGUCUCGUCCCAGAUCAAUUAAAGGAUAGCAUCUCAGCCGAUGAGUUUAUGCAGCAGCUCCCUCAGUAUGAUCAAGACUGGUCAAAUCAAAGACAGGAAGCUGAAGCUGCUGGUGAAGUGCUGAGAUACGUAGGGGUAGUGGAUGUUGUGAACGGGAAAGGAACAGUGGAACUUCGAAGAUAUAAAAAGGAUCAUCCAUUUGCACAGCUUUGUGGAUCGGAUAACAUAAUAGCAUUCUCAACACAGAGGUACGAAAAACAACCGUUGAUUGUGCGUGGUCCUGGUGCUGGUGCUGAGGUGACAGCUGGCGGAAUAUUCAGCGACGUAUUGCGCCUUGCAUCCUAUCUCGGUGCACCUUCAUAAGUUUGUUCGGUUCUAUUAUGCUGAGCUAGGUUUUUUGCUUGGCUGAGGCCAUUAUUGUACUUGAUUGGCUAGCUUUCUUGUGAUGAUUACUUCCCCUGGGAUUUUGCAGCUUAGAGGAUUGACAUUUGACAUAGCUGUUGUAGCAACUUCGUUAUCGAGGAUGGUGCUUAAUCAUUCUUUCAACCAUUGUUCAACUUUUUUAAGACCUUGAUUUAUGUAUUUAUGUAUGUUUAGUUUUA